AUGUGUAUCAUAAAUUCAGGAGGAAAUAUCAUCAACGCCAACAGGUGUUAUCGUCUUAUAUCUCCAACACCAACAUUUCCCAACCAUAACAUCUUCAUAAGAUCUCCAACACCAACAGGUCCCAACCAUAACAUCCUCCUAAUAUCUCCAACACCAACAGGUCCCAACCAUAACAUCCUCCUAAUACCUCCAACACCAACAGAUCCCAACCAUAACAUCCUCCUAAUAUCUCCAACACCCACAGGUCCCAACCAUAACAUCCUCCUUAUAUCUCCAACACUAACAGGUCUCAACCAUAAAAUACUCCUAAUACCUCCAACACCAACAGAUCCCAACCACAACAUCCUCCUAAUAUCUCCAACACCAACAGGUCCCAACCAUAACAUCCUCCUAAUAUCUCCAACACCAACAGGUCCCAACCAUAACAUCCUCCUAAUAUCUCCAACACCCAGCCAGGCUAAGAGUAGUCGUCAGCAACCAGCGCCAAGCCCCAACCUAUAUUUACAGUGUUCACUUCAGUGGGACUCCUUAAGUGGCGGCUCUCACGAACCCUUGCCCAAGCUGUUAUUAAUGGUCCGGAUUCUUUUAUAA